AUGUCGUCGUCAUCAGUGCGCAAAUUUACCAUCAAAGUGCCCUGCACGUCGUCCAACAUCGGCCCGGGUUUCGAUGUCGUUGGCCUCUCGCUCUCGCUGUACCUCACCCUGCGGGUCACUGUCGACCCUUCGGCUAAAAACACCUCACCCACGCUAGCGUAUACGGGAUUGGGCGCGGAAGAAGCGCCACUUGACGCGUACAAGAACCUCACCACGCGCACGGCGCUGUACGUGCUCCGAUCGAACGGCGUCUCGGCAUUCCCACAGGGUGUGACGAUCGACGUGCACAACGAGGUGCCAUUUGGACGCGGGUUGGGGUCGUCGGGAGCGGCGGUGGUGGCCGGGCUGCUGUUGGGAAAUGAACUGGGCGAGUUGGGAUUGGGGAAGGACCGACUCUUGGAUCACGCACUGAUGAUCGAGCGUCAUCCGGACAACGUCACGGCUGCGUUGAUGGGCGGGUUUGUCGGCUCGUACCUGCUCGAGCUUUCGCCGGAAGAGGAGGAGCGUAGGGACGUGCCCCUGUCCGAAGUCAUCCCGGAGUACCCCGCAAAUGCAUCGUUCGAUUGGGGCGCCAACCCUCCCUCGCCGCCACACAACAUUGGACACUACAUCCGCUUCGGCUGGUCCCCACAGAUCAAGGUCAUUGCCAUCAUCCCAGACUUCCAGGUCUCCACCGCCUCGGCACGCUCCGUCCUGCCGGAAACCUACACCAAGAAGGACCUCAUCUUCAACCUGCAGCGUCUCGCCGUGCUCACGACCGCACUUACAAGGUCGCCCCCAGACCCUUUCCUGAUCUACCAGGCCAUGCAGGACAAGGUGCACCAGCCGUACAGGAAGCAUCUGAUCCCCGGGUUGCCGGACGUGCUGGCAAGCGUCACGCCCAAGACUCACCCGGGUCUGUUGGGCAUCUGCUUGAGUGGCGCGGGCCCGACGAUUCUGGCGCUCGCAACCGAAGGCGAGGACAAGAUCGCACAGGACGUGAUCAAGACGUUCAGGGACAAGGGCGGCAUUGAGCGCUGCGAUGCCAAGUUCUUGACCGUCACCGAGGAGGGCGCGCAGGUUUUGAACGAGUAA